AACACAGUCUCUGUCCUUAUAUAAGCCUUUUUCUCUGGCCUGACCACAAUCUCAGCAUUUUCCAGUCACUAUCCAUAAGAUCGCUACUUUCUCUUCAUCCUAAUAAAUCUCCGAUCGAUCGUCUGUUUGCUGGGAAAUGGGGCUGGGCUCGAACGUUUUUUGUUCAAUGGCGGUGCACAUUCUCGCCGUGUGGGCAAUCCCCGCGGCGGCGCAAGAUUGCGGCUCCGUCAUAAACAAUCUGGCUGAGUGUCUGUCUUUCGUCUCCUUUGACAGUAAGAAGACGGAGCCGGAGGGAACCUGCUGCACCGGCCUCAAACUGGCGUUGACAACCAAUGCGAGUUGCCUGUGUGAAGGGCUUAAGGGCGGCAACGCGGAUUUCGGAGUUUCUCUCAACGUCACCAAGGCCAUGACGCUCCCCUCUGCUUGCGGCGUUAAUAGCAAUUGCGGCUUGAACAGCACCGGCAAUCCAUCAUCGCCUCCUGCUCCAACAGUGCUGCCGUUAUCUCCGAUAAGAGCUCCUACUACGGUGGGAAGUCUGGCAGGAAGUCCUCCACUUCCGGUAGCUAAUUCUCCAAUACAAGGAAACUCUGUUUCCUCCGUUGUGAUGCCGGCCUUUGUUGCCGCUCUUGCUGGUGCUGCUGCAUUUUUUGUGUUGUUAUUUUGAGUUGGGAAUGAACUACUAAUGUUAGUUAUCACAAGGAAUUUGUAAAACAAACAAGCUUCAGUAGUGCAUUGGAUUCUGAAACAGGUUUGAGGCUGGGUUCUGGGCGGGUUUUACAUGGUCUGCGGGUUUGGCGUUAACCGGCCCGAUAUUACAAGCGGGUCGCCUAUUUCUGGGUCGACCCACCCGGAGUGGUUCUGGUCUGCUAACAUAGUUUUGAGGGUUCACUUUAUGUUGUGAACAACUUUUUGUUGUGUUAAAUUUUUGUUUUGUUACUGCCAUUUUAUUAUGGGUAGUCCACCAAGAGGCAAGAUAUAUACUUUUGUACAAUUAAGGGUCUAUUUGCAAAUGCUUAAAAAAGCGUUUCUUGGCAUUUUGCUUAAAGGAGCAAAAAUCAGUGUUUUU